AUGGCAGCUGUAGCCGCCAACAACCAAGGAACAUCGCUCGAUAUCCGAGUUGAGGACUUCCUGGACGAUAAGCUUCAGUCUACUUCCGACCUUGAGGAUCUCGACACACUUAUCGCAAAUGUUGAGCUUCAACGAAACCAGCUGCAAUUACAGUUAGAUACAGCUGUGAAAGAGCUCGAAGAGACCCGACGCACUGCCGACGAUCGCCAGGGGUCACUUGCUGCUCGCAUAGAAGAGUUUCAAAAGCUUCAAGAGAGCAUUGAUCUUCGUGCUCAGAUCUAUGCUGCCUCGGAUGCCCCAGAUCAGGCCAUCGAACGCCUAAAAGCGCCUAUGAACAAGAUUAAGGCCGUUGAGCGUGCCCAGAGAUACCUUGUUCUCUUGCAAGACGCUGAAAAAUUUCGAGCAGAGGCGAGAUCAUUCUUGCCUCAGAACCCCAAAGCUUCAUUGGAGCCUUAUAUCAAGUUGAAACAGCAUGUUCAAAAGCUACAAGGCCUACCUGGCCAAGAGGGCCUUCACCUCGUUGCAUAUGCCGAAGCCGUGGCCGCUUCACUUUGGGAUGAGAUCAAAUCUACUAUGUCCGGGGAACUUGAGGCCGUCUUGAAGCAGAGGAAGUGGCCCAAGAUUGACACCCAUGUACAGAUGGACGAGGAAUGGGUUAAUUGCAUAGAAAAGCUCAUCGAUCUUCAAAGGCCGGAAAUAGCACACACUGACAAGCUUGUCACGUUGCUACCGUUUGAAAUCAUGGCCUCCAUCUUUGUCUCCGAGUUUCGCUUCCAUUUCCUUAGCGACAAGCCAACCAGCGGUGCCCAGGCAUUUGGAACUCAUUGCCUCCCAUGGUUUAUCGCGCUGGUCGAGAAAUGGGAAGAUUUCUUCCGGGAUAAUCUGGGCUACUUACUAGCAGAGAAGUUCCGGGACACUGCUGUAGCGACCAACCUGGCUUAUAUCGACCCUGUUUCUGCCUUUAUUACCUCGCUCCUCCCAGUGCUGAAGGAGAAAACCUCAUUAGUUGCACUCGAAGCUAUCAAGAGCCCCUCCUUUCUCAGCAGUUUAAUGUCGCAACUCAUGGCAUUUGACGAGAAUGUUCGCUACAAGUUUAACUACGACGGCGGCGAUGUUGAGAACGGAUGGUCUGGCUUGACCGCAUACAUACUGGAUGACCACUUUGAUACGUGGUUCGAGGCCGAGAAAGAUUUCGCCCUUGAGAGAUAUAAUACUAUUAUGGAGUCACAAGAUGCCCGCAAUAUCGAUUAUGAUUAUGCGCUCCAGGGCAAGAUGAAGCCAACAUAUGCUGCUGUGCGUGUCACUGAUCUUCUGCGGUCUGUGACAAGUCAGUACGAGAGAGUACGUACCUUUAAGCACAAAAUUCGCUUCUUGAUCGGCAUUCAACUUGAAAUCUUGGAUGCUUAUCACGACCGCCUUCGAGACUCACUCCAGGCUUAUCAGAGCAUGUCUACGACCUUUGGCCGCACUUUGGCUGCGAAUAAGGAGGACCUUGCUAUUCUAGAGGGUACAGGUGGUUUCGAGGUACUCUGCAAAGUGAUUGGCAGCGCUGAUCAUAUUGUGAAUACUCUGAAAGACUGGAGCAACGAAGAGUUCUUUGUCUCUUUGUGGGAUGAACUCCAGACUCGAGCAUUGCACAGAUCUAGCCAGGGCAACAAUAUUACGAGUACCAUGAGCUACGAUGAUGUGAAGGAUCGCACAUCUACAGCAGUGGGAGAAAAACAUGAAGAUGGGGCUCUAUUUGAUGAGACAGCGAGUGCCUAUAACAUGCGACGCAAGGCUGCUCAAGAACUUCUCGUGGGCGCUUUGGUCGAGUCGCACAAUAAAGCCUUCCGAGCAUACACCAACCGUGUUCAAUGGACAACUGUCGGUGAAACUGCUAUCCUUGGUAAGUUCGCAUGCCGUGCUGUUCCCAACAUAUUGGCUAACACGGUAGCAGAUGAGCUUGCUAUUACGCCAGAACUUGAUGAGCCACUUCGCAUCCUCCAGCGCAACUUUGACUUUCUCAUCAGAGCUCUUUCGACUGCAGUGUUUCGCCGCGUCUGCCGAGAAGCCCUUGUCGAGCUUCAAGAUUAUCUAUGGCAAAGUGUCCUUAUGCGCCAGUCGUUCACCACUUACGGUGCAGCCCAGUUCCGUCGCGACGGCGCUGCCUUGGUUUCUACUAUCGAACGCUACAUUCCCAAUGGUUCAUCUGUCCUUGAUAACUUGACCGAGGGUAUGCAGCUCCUGAGUCUUCCGGUUGAAGCGGGCGAGACGAGUGGCUUGACACUCAAGGAAGCCAGCGAUCGAGUCUUCGCUGACAACGAAGAGGCGCGCAAGGUACUAGAGGAACUACAUCUUGAAGGGCUGUCACCGCAAGGUGCAAGAAACAUUCUGCAGCGUCGUGUAGAGAACAACGAGAACGUAGGGUGGUAA